AUGGCGGUCGUCGAAGCGCGCGCUCAGGGACCAUUCCAGUUCCCGCGACCCUCUCUCGCAUCCUUCGCCUCUACCGUAACGACCUUCGCAUACGUGAGCGGCUCUAAUGGCACGCGAAACAUCCUCAAGUCUUUGUCCACGACACCCGAGAAGUAUCUCCGCAAUGCUAUCAAUCCGCCAGGCAUUCGACGUUCCUUAUUCCGAGCGCUAUGGACGAGGAGCAUGACAAGGGCGGUGCCCGGAAUGGGAAAUAGCGACGGUGUGAAGCUGGUGGAUAUUGACCUCAAGAAGGAGGAUGAGCUGGAUGAUGUGCUGGCGAAGACGCAAACACUCCGCUCUCGACCAAACCGCCUACAGAAGGAAUGGGAGACGCUGAGGAACAUCAAUAUAUCUGGCGCUCUCGAGAAGACAUUGCUCAUCCGCUGCACACCAAACUUACUAGAAGACACACUGGCUAAAGAAGAACUGGACGGUUACCUAGUUGAUACGUUGUGGUACCGCGCCACACCCUUUACCCAACUCCACCUGGGCCUUAUCAUUGAGGUUGAACCGCACGCCAUCCCGCAAGUACGCUCCAAUCUCGUGCGCUCCACGAUCUUCCCAAAGCAUUGGCUGCCAUCUAGUGUUGCCAAAAUUGCGGAGGAGUUACAGGCAGCGCGAUGGAUCAAGGAGAUCGCCCAGCUCUUCCCCGGCAUCGAAGAUAAUGGCGUUCGUCCACCGCAUACAUCGCGCGCAAUCACCCACGAGCCGACAUUCAUCAAUAUCCGCCGCGGCGGCUUCUCCCUGAACCUCGACCUCUCCUCGCUAACCCCUCGUCGGGAUGAACGCUCCGCCGAGGAGAUGCUCGUCUACAAGAUCAUCGAAGACCCGGACUUCUCGCUCAUGGCUCGCUGGAAGCCCGGUCACGCUGCAUGGAGCGGCGGCUACGUGCGAGAGGAUAUCGACCUUCCGGAGGGCACUGACUUCUUUGCACAGAAGUUCUUCGCCGAAAAGCUGCGCUUUGAAGCUGCAAAGAAUGGCGCUCUCCCGCCGCCUCCGCGGUUUAGAUUCAUGCAGCAGUCUGCUCUGCGAGACUUCGACAAGAUGGCCAAGGCUGAAAAUGAGGAAGCACACACCGGCGAGCGCGACCGCUUGCUGCGCUGCAAGAUCGAGCACAACAUUCCGGACGUUGCCACGACCGAGAAGGAAGAGAAGGCGCUGAGAAAGAUCAAGCUGCAGACGCUGGAGGACGCCGGCAUCCUCAGCUUCUCGAACGAUGCCAUCAAGACGUUGCUGAAGAUCGAGAUGGAUGGGAUCCUAGCGAAUGGCGACGACGCGGACUUCGAUGGGAAGCUGAUCUCUGAUAUCGUCAGCGUCUACAGUGGCGACAUCGACGAGGAGUACUGGAACUUGCCGUCGACUAUGGAGGUCCUGAUGAACAACAAGCACCAGGAAGCUAUCGAGAAGUGGAUCCCCUCACCGUCAGCGACGAUGCACCAAGAUUUGGGCCACGGCCAUGAGCUUGAAGAGACCGAGGAGACUUUCGACGAGAUCUACGAAGAGUUCCUGAGAAAAGAAGAAAACCUCGGAGAGGGAGAGAUGAUGUUCAGCAACCUCCACAAGCUUGGCCAGCCGGGAUUCGAUGCUGAGGAUGAUGAGAUUCCGGAACGAGAACCAGGUUUCUACAGCAACAUCUUGUCGGAUAUGUCGAGCUUCACGAGCAGUUCCGCCUCUGACGAGGAUGAGACCGAUGAUAUCGAAGAGGAUGAGAAUAGCGACGUGAAGCACGAUACUCCUCCAUCUUCUACGACUAAGGCUAAUAGCGAGGAUGGACAGACGACUGACGAAGAUCUCCUCUGCGUUGAUACAUCCUGUGGUGCCUUCGAAGAGAACGGUCACGAACACAAGAGCGGGCCGCGCCGGGACUCUGGAUACAAGGGUUGA